CACACAACUUAAUUCCUUUUAGUGACCUAAGAAAAUGCAUUCCUCUUCUUCUUCCUCAUUUGAUUUGACAAUCCUAAUGAAAAUGGGAGUUCUCCUUCUUCUUCAUGUAUCAUUGUCCCAAGCUCAACUAAGCCCUUCAUUUUAUGACAAAACAUGUCCGCAAGUAUUUGACAUUGCAACCAAAACCAUUGUCAAUGCGUUGAGAUCAGACCCUCGCAUUGCAGCGAGCAUCCUUCGUCUUCACUUCCACGACUGCUUUGUCAAUGGAUGUGAUGCAUCGAUAUUGUUAGAUAACACAACAUCGUUUAGGACGGAAAAAGAUGCCUUUGGGAACGCAAAUUCAGCUCGAGGCUUUGAUGUGAUCGAUAGAAUGAAAGCUGCCGUCGAGAAAGCAUGUCCUCGAACUGUUUCAUGUGCUGAUUUGCUAACCAUCGCAGCUCAAAAGUCUGUCGUUUUGGCGGGGGGUCCUUCAUGGAAGGUUGCAAGUGGAAGAAGAGACGGUUUAAAAGGGUUUAUGGAUCUUGCUAAUAAAAAUCUUCCAGCUCCAUUCUUUACCCUUAAGGAACUUAAGGAAAGCUUCAAAAAUGUCGGACUCGACCGCCCUUCUGAUCUAGUUGCUCUUUCCGGUGGUCACACUUUUGGUAAAAGCCAAUGUCAGUUUAUAAUGGACCGGCUUUACGACUUCAACGACUCCGGUUUACCUGACCCAACCCUUGAUAAAUCUUACCUCAGUACACUUAGAAAACAAUGUCCUCGCAAUGGAAACCAAAGUGUCUUGGUGGAUUUUGAUUUACGUACACCAACAGUUUUUGACAACAAAUUCUACGUGAAUCUGAAAGAGAACAAAGGUCUUAUUCAGAGUGACCAAGAGUUAUUCUCUAGUUCGGAUGCUUCAGACACUAUCCCAUUAGUCCGAGCAUUCGCCGAUGGUCAAGAGAAAUUUUUCAAUGCGUUCGUGGAGGCAAUGAAAAGGAUGGGAGACCUUUCGCCUAUAACCGGGAAACAAGGGGAAAUUAGAUUGAAUUGUAGGGUGGUGAAUUCGAAAGCCAAGAUCAUGGAUAUGGUAGAUGAUAAUGAGUUUAUCACCUCUAUGUGAGGAACUAUGUCUUUCUUCUAAUAAUCAAUUAUAAAUGUCAUCGAGAUGUAAUGUUUUGUGAUAAAUUCUAAACUUCUGCAGUUCUUGGUUCAGUGGAA